AGAAAGAAAGAAAACAAUGGCCGGGAAGAGGAAUAAAAGCGACGUUACCAGACGUCCUCUGUAUCUCUGCUUUAACACAAAAUGAAAAACGACAACGACAACGACAACGAAAACGGGAACGAGAAAACCAACGUUCCUUUCUGUAAAUCCUGAUAUCUGCAUUCUCUUUCUUCUUCUUUUUCUUCUACUUCUUCUUCAUUGUACGGCUAUGGAGUUCUUUGACGGGCUGAUUCUCGAGGAUUUUUGAGAUCAAUUUGGUCUGCUAUUUUUCAUUUUUGUUCUGGUAUUCGAUUCUUUGUGUUCAGUCGCCAUGGAAGCUUUGAUCGAGCUCUGCGACCUGAUUGCGCAGAAUCCGACCCAGUUUUCCGAGAAGCUCGCGUGGAUUUGUGGCCGAUGUCCUCCGCCCGAGUCUCUCGGUGCCGGAUCUCCUAGGGUUUCGCGGUCUCAGCUCAAUGCCGUUCUCGCCGUCGCUCGGUUCCUCUCGAAAUGCCCCGAUUCCGCCGAUCUACGCCCCAAAGCAGUGGUCGUUGAGUUUCUUCGCUCUGUUCCGUCGUCGUUCAACCAGUCUUUUUGGCCGCAGGCGUUCGGAACCGACGCGAUCGCUUCGUUCUUCUCCGAUUUCUUGGGAUACGUGUCGAAAGCGGCCGAAUUGUCGCCAGAUUUUGCCUCGGAGAUCGCAGGGUUCACAGGCGAGGUUGUUAUGUCUGCGAUUAGUAAUGGAGGCGGUGAUUUGGGAAUUUCUAGGGCAUUUCUAACGGCUCUGUCGGAGAGUUUUCCUCCAAUUUUGUCUUCCGAUGCGGAAAGAUUGAUUAACCUACUCUUCGAUCAGCUUUCGAUGUCUGGUCCUGUGGUUCAGUCCCCCACCACGCCGAGAGAGCGAGUUCGGGCGAAUUCUGAGACGUCCUCGUCACAGAGCUCGCCAAUGAGCGUGAAACAUUACCAACCGAACGAUAGUUCGAGCCCCGGAAACGAGGCGAGCCAGGUUUCAGGUUCGUCUGGCAGCGCGGCAUCACGAGUGGGGGACGAUGCCAUCAGCGCCACCUCAUCUAGGAGCUCGGUGAUUGUGAAUGGGGGCGGCAUUUUAUGGAAGAGUGGCGUUGAGCCAUUCAAUGAUGGAGGUGGUGGAGCUGCGUUGCUUAGGCAGCAAGUUUCUUCCUUUGAGGAAGAGCCGGUGGAGAGCUUGGAGAAGCAAGAAGUUGCACUCAAGUUGAUUGCUCACAUUGUUGAUAAAGUCCGCAUUGAUGCCGGGCUAUUAGAGCAGGUUAGGUUGAUUGCUAAGAGGCAGCUGCAAUCCAUGACAGUUUUUCUAAAGAUACGGAAGCGGGAUUGGAGUGAACAUGGGGCACUUCUGAAAGCUAGAAUCAAUACAAAACUAUUAGUUUAUAAAGCUGCUGCUACAUUGAUGCUUAAGAGCCUUGCUUGCUUUGAUUCCGAUGCUAAACUGGCAAAGAAGUUGGCACAUGAGACUCUAGCAUUGUUCAUGGAUGCUGUGGAAGCAUGCUUGCUCUCUGUGUGGCGCAAGUUGAGAAUCUGUGAAGAGCUCUUUGGCUCCUUGCUUGCUGGGCUAUCGCAAAUUGCUGUGACUCGAGGAGGCCAGUCACUGCGGAUUUUGCUCAUCCGGCUGAAGCCUGUCGUGCUAACAGUAUGUGCUCAGGCUGAUACUUGGGCCACUAGCCAGGGAGCAAUGUUUGAGAGUGUCAUGAAGACGAGUUGUGAAAUAAUUGAAUGUUGCUGGAGCAAAGAGCGAGGUCCGGUGGAUACAUUCAUUAUGGGAUUAGCUUCUAGCAUCCGUGAACGAAAUGAUUAUGAGGAGCAGGUUGACAAAGACAAAUCGGCAAUACCAGUUGUGCAGCUUAACGUUAUACGCUUGCUGGCAGAUUUGAAUGUUGCUGUUAACGAGUCUGAAGUGGUCAACAUGAUAUUACCUCUAUUUAUUGAGAGCUUAGAAGAGGGCGAUGCUUCAACUCCUAGUUUAUUGCGACUCCGACUUCUUGAUGCUGUGUCUAGCAUGGCAAGUUUGGGUUUUGAAAAGUCCUACCGUGAGACAGUUGUUUUAAUGACAAGAAGUUACUUGAACAAACUUUCAAGUGUAGGAUCCGCAGAAAGCAAAACAGUGGCACCAGAAGCUACAACAGAGCGUGUUGAGACUCUGCCUGCAGGGUUCCUUCUAAUUGCUUGUGGUCUUAAGAAUGCUAAGCUGCGUUCAGAUUACCGUCACCGCUUGCUAUCUUUGUGCUCGGAUGUAGGGCUGGCUGCUGAGUCCAAAAGUGGAAGGAGUGGAGCUGAUUUCCUUGGGCCUUUACUUCCUGCUGUUGCUGAAAUAUGUUCUGAUUUUGAUCCAACUGUAGAUGUGGAACCUUCACUUUUGAAGUUAUUUCGCAACUUGUGGUUCUAUGUUGCUCUGUUUGGUUUAGCACCUCCCGUACAAAAAAUACAACAACCAAUAAAAUCAGUAUCCACUACAUUGAACAGUGUGGGUAGCAUGGGUACAAUUGCUCUACAAGCUGUUGGGGGACCAUACAUGUGGAAUACACAGUGGUCUUCUGCUGUCCAGCGAAUUGCUCAAGGAACUCCUCCUCUUGUUGUUAGUUAUGUGAAAUGGCUUGAAGAUGAGUUAGAGCUCAAUGCCCUUCACAACCCUGGCAGUCGUAGAGGGAGUGGCAAUGAGAAAGCUGCUGUAGCCCAAAGAACCGCGCUCUCUGCUGCUCUUGGAGGACGCGUUGAUGUUGGAUCAAUGAGCACAAUUUCAGGUGUAAAGGCUACGUAUCUUCUUGCUGUAGCAUUUUUGGAGAUUAUACGCUUCAGCAGCAAUGGUGGCAUCCUUAAUGGCAGCAUUGAGUUAACUGCUUCUAGAAGUGCAUUCAGUUGUGUAUUUGAGUACUUAAAAACUCCAAACCUUAUGCCUGCUGUAUUCCAAUGCUUAAUGGCAAUUGUCCAUCGUGCUUUUGAAACAGCAGUAUCAUGGCUGGAAGAUAGGAUAUCUGAAACAGGCAAGGAAGCUGAGGUCAGAGAGUUAACACUUUCUGCUCAUGCCUGUUUUCUUAUCAAAAGUAUGUCCCUGAGGGAGGAACAUAUUCGUGAGGUUGCGGUGAAUCUGUUGACUCAAAUUAGAGAUAGAUUCCCCCAGGUUUUGUGGAAUUCAUCAUGUUUCGAUUCCCUGCUGUUCUCAAUGCAUAAUGAUUCUCCUUCUACUGUUGUCAAUGAUCCUGCUUGGGUGGUGACUGUUCGUUCUUUAUACCAAAAAGUUGUUCGAGAAUGGAUCAUUAAAUCACUUUCCUAUGCUCCUUGCACUAGCCAGGGUCUUUUACAGGACAAACUUUGUAAGGCAAACACAUGGCAAAGAGCACAACACACAACAGAUGUGGUCUCUCUUCUAUCUGAGAUACGUAUUGGUACAGCAAAAAAUGAGUGCUGGACAGGCAUACGAACUGCAAAUAUCCCUGCUGUUAUGGCUGCUGCAUCAGCAGCAUCCGGAGCCAACUUAAAAUUGACAGAAGCCUUCAAUUUGGAGGUGCUCAGUACUGGAAUAGUCAGUGCAACGGUGAAGUGCAACCAUGCCGGAGAAAUUGCUGGCAUGAGAAGGUUGUAUAACAGUAUUGGUGGAUUCGAAUCUGGUAGUACACUGAGUGGUUUUGGACUUGGUGUUGGCCUCCAGAGGUUGAUAUCUGGAGCAUUUCCUCAACCUUCACAAGCUGAGGAUAAUUCAUUUAAUGGGAUGUUGCUGACCAAGUUUGUGCGUUUACUUCAAAAAUGUGUUAAUAUUGCAGAGAAAGGUGGGGAAGUGGACAAGGCACAAUUUCGGGAAACUUGUUCCCAGGCGACUGCAUUACUUUUAUCAAAUCUGGGAUCUGAUACAAAAUCAAAUGUAGAGGGAUUUUCACAACUUCUCCGUCUUCUCUGUUGGUGUCCAGCUUAUAUUUGUACCCAAGACGCAAUGGAAACUGGUGUUUUCAUUUGGACUUGGUUAGUUUCUGCUGCUCCUGAAUUGGGUUCUCUUGUCCUUGCGGAGCUUGUUGAUGCAUGGUUGUGGACGAUUGAUACAAAACGAGGUCUCUUUGCAUCUGAUGUUAAGUAUUCUGGGCCUGCUGCAAAAUUAAGGCCUCACCUUGCGCCUGGAGAGCCAGAGGGGCCACCUGAAAUUGAUCCUGUUGAACAAAUAAUGGCUCAUAGGCUAUGGCUUGGAUUUUUCAUAGACCGCUUUGAGGUAGUUCGACAUAAUAGUGUUGAGCAACUCUUGCUUCUUGGUCGAAUGUUACAAGGGACAACUAAGGUCCCAUGGAAUUUUUCACUGCAUCCUGCUGCCACUGGAACCUUUUUCACUAUUAUGCUUCUCGGUCUUAAGUUCUGCUCAUGCCAGUCGCAGGGAAAUCUGCUGAAUUUCAAAACAGGGCUGCAGCUGCUGGAAGACCGGAUUUAUCGUGCCUCAUUAGGUUGGUUUGCUCAUGCUCCUGAAUGGUAUGAUGUCAACAAUAUGAGUUUCGCCCAGAGCGAGGCUCAGUCCGUCGCUGUAUUUGUGGACUACCUUUCCAGUGAGCGGGUAGAUACAGCCCAAUCUGAUUCCAAGGGACGGGGACGUGAAAAUGGGAACAGUGUCGUUGAUGUGAAAGAUCAACAUCACCCUGUCUGGGGCCAGAUGGAGAACUAUGCCGCCGGAAGAGAAAAGAGGAAGUUGUUACUUCUAAUGCUAUGUCAGCAUGAGGCUGAUAGGCUGGAAGUUUGGGCUCAGCCCACAAAUUCAAAGGACAGCACUCCUUCUCGGCCUAAAAUUAGCUCAGAUAAAUGGAUUGAAUAUGCUAGGACUGCCUUCUCUGUGGAUCCUCGUAUAGCUUUAUCGUUGGCCUCAAGGUUCUCAACAAACACAUCCUUGAAGGCUGAAGUAACAAAUGUAGUUCAGUUGCAUAUAUUGGAUAUCCGUUGCAUUCCAGAAGCAUUGCCAUACUUUGUUACCCCGAAGGCGGUAGAUGAGAACUCUGUGCUUUUGCAACAGUUGCCACACUGGGCAGCUUGUUCCAUCACGCAAGCUCUUGAGUUCCUGACCCCUGCAUAUAAAGGGCAUCCACGUGUCAUGGCAUAUGUUCUUAGAGUUUUGGAAUCCUAUCCUCCAGAACGAGUAACAUUCUUCAUGCCACAGCUAGUUCAGGCUUUGCGAUAUGAUGAAGGGAGGUUGGUAGAAGGAUAUUUGCUUAGAGCAGCUCAGAGAAGUGAUGUAUUUGCCCAUAUUUUAAUCUGGCAUUUACAGGGUGAGGCAUCAGGACCAGAAUCAGGGAAAGAAGUUGGAUCUGGAAAGUCUUUUCAGAAUAGUUCCUUCCAAGCACUUUUGCCAAUCGUUAGGGAACGGAUUAUUGAUGGUUUCUCCCCAAAGGCAUUUGACUUGUUCAAAAGAGAGUUUGAUUUUUUCGACAAGGUCACAUCUAUUUCUGGUGUACUCUUUCCACUUCCCAAAGAUGAAAGACGAGCUGGCAUACGGAGAGAGUUGGAGAAAAUUGAAAUGGAAGGAGAAGAUCUCUAUCUACCAACAGCGCCAAACAAGCUUGUUAGGGGCAUUCAGGUAGAUAGUGGAAUUCCCUUGCAGUCAGCAGCCAAAGUUCCCAUCAUGAUUACGUUUAAUGUAGUUGAUCGGGAUGGGGAUCAUAAUGAUAUAAAACCACAAGCUUGCAUUUUCAAGGUUGGAGAUGAUUGUCGUCAAGAUGUUCUUGCUCUUCAAGUGAUUGCGCUUCUUAGAGACAUAUUUGAAGCAGUUGGACUUAAUCUUUAUUUGUUUCCUUACGGUGUACUCCCAACUGGUCCUGGAAGAGGUAUUAUUGAGGACUAUGGCCCUGUGGGAUCUCCCAGUUUCGAAGCCGCACGAGAGAACUUCAUCAUAAGCAGUGCUGGUUAUGCAGUUGCGAGCCUCUUACUUCAACCCAAGGACAGGCACAAUGGCAAUCUUUUAUUUGACAACGUGGGUAAACUUGUUCAUAUUGAUUUUGGUUUUAUUUUGGAAACUUCACCUGGUGGGAAUCUGCGGUUUGAAAGUGCACAUUUUAAGCUGAGCCAUGAAAUGACUCAACUACUAGACCCAUCGGGUGUUAUGAAGAGUGAGACCUGGCACCAAUUUGUGAGCUUGUGUGUGAAGGGAUACCUUGCCGCCCGCCGUUAUAUGGAUGGGAUUCUGAGCACGGUUCAGUUAAUGCUAGACAGUGGAUUGCCUUGCUUCAGCAGGGGCGAUCCGAUUGGGAAUCUUCGCAAGAGAUUUCAUCCCGAAAUGAACGAUCGCGAGGCAGCCAAUUUCAUGAUCCACGUCUGCACUGAUGCUUAUAACAAGUGGACCACUGCUGGGUACGACUUGAUACAGUAUCUGCAGCAGGGCAUUGAGAAGUAGAAGAAAUGUUCAGAGGUCGACUGCAUUUGUAAAUGAUCAUUAUUUGUAAGUGCUAUAAUUAUACGACGUUUUCUAAUAUAUACAGCUGCAAUUUUUCUGGGGGUUUCCGUGGUAGUGGUAGGUGAGGAUUGUAAAAACGGCAUAGAAUUCAAUUUGAGAGCCUUGUAUUCUAGAGGCGGGAUUCCUCGUGAGGUUUGUAAAAUUACAGGUUGUAGUUAUUAAUUAUUUAAAGGUUUUCGUGAGUUAAUUGUAUUGAUGCAAGGCAGUUCUACACGAAAAUUACAUCCAUAGCACAGUCUCUCCCUCUCUCUCUUUUGAAACGUUUAGUAAGACCCGCGUUUACAAAUUGUACUCGGA